AUGGAUCCCUGUCUUUCUGCGCUGAAAAGGACGCCGCCGUCGUUAACUGCAGAGACGCUCACGACGCUGGUACGGGCCUCGGAUGACCCUGACGUAAUCUCCGCCCUGUCGUCCCCUGCUGUCAUCGAUGCCCUGUCUGCAAAGGCCAGGUCCACGCCAGAGCGGGAGGAGGAGCUCACGGAGGUUCUCCUCUCGCAGCAAGUCUUUCUGGCGGCAAGCAGAGCCCAGGAGUUUCUAGACACCCUCGCCGCCUCUCCGUCUUUAUCUCCUCUUUUAGAGUACCUUCUAAUGGCCCUCCUGCGUCUGGCACCGGAGAAUAGAAUCCACACGGUGUUUGCUGCCAUUCUGAUAAAUUUUACUCGAUGUCUGGGGAUAACUAGGACUCUGCUGACGUCUCCUAGCUUGCCAAAUGCUGCAGGGCUCAUGUUUAACAUAUCGUUCACCAAAGCAACGGCUGGCACUGCUCCGCUCAUUCAGCGAUCGCUCUACCUGCUGAUCAACAUUGCCACAGCCGCAGGGGACGCGCCAUCCGUCGCGCACCUCUUUGUCGACUCUCUUGCGGCGAACCUUGUUGGAGCUCACAUUGUUGAUACCGCCGCUGAUUAUCCAGGGAUAUCCUUUCAGUACAGCCAGCUCCUCCACAACAUGUUUUUGAUGCUCCGACCUGCUGACCAGUCCGCUACUGGGUCCGAUCAAGCAGAGAACCAGACUCAGACCGCCGAGAUGCUUGAGCCGUUGGUAGAGCACAUCUUGCUAGCUCUUGUUUGCGAGAGAAGCCUUGAGACCAAAGCGGAGCCACGUGGAGCCGGGCUGACUCCAGAAGAGCAUGCUGCCCUGCCAGAGAGGGUUCAGACGCACAUGGCCAGCCUUUCGUCGCUUAGGUUUCCCAGCGAGGAGACGCGUGCCAACCUUAGCGAUUGCUUGCUCCUGUAUUGCCACACCGAUCACGGAAAGAAAAGCCUGCAGGACCUGGGAGCCUAUCCCCUUCUACGGGAGCUACACUUGAGCAUUGUGGAGUCGCUGGGAGACCGCUGCUAUCUGGCCGACUCGCUGCUGACGGUCAUCGAGGGCAUCAUUGCCGAGCCGGAUUUGGACGGUGUAAAUUAG